AUGCAUCCAUUCAUUCCAACGAUUAAGCAAACCUUUAAGAGGUUAAUGUUCAUGUUUCCAGCUCACGCGCUGGUUUUCAUCCUAACAUGGCUUGGAACUGGUCCAAACUCCAAUCGACUAUUACCCUUUUUAAAUUUACCGAUAAUUUAUAUAUUAGUUCGUAAAAGCCCAACAUUAAUAAACAUCCCUUUAUUAACAGCACUUAUUUUAGGAGCAGCUUUGGCUCACAAUGAGCCAUCAACCUCUCCAAUGGAGAGUUACUUUGAUGAUUUUUCAAUUCUAAUAAUCGUGGGGGCAUCGAUCUCAAUCAUAACGUUAGCGCCUAUGAUCCUUACUAAAUUCAUCAUGGUAAAGGUUAAUGAAAGAUUUGAAAAUUUCACACAUAAUCUGAAUUCGAGAAUUAUAUUUCCAAUCAUUUGGACGGCAAUUUGGUCAUUAUUUCGAAGAUAUUCCCCGUUGGGUUCCUGGGGGGACUGGUCCUACACAAUAUAUAGUUCAGGACUCGCAGGUGAUCCUAUCAUGCAGUUAACAUCAAUUGGCGGACUUGGCGCCAUCAAUUUCUUAUUAGCAUUGUGGACGCAAAUAAUUUCGGACUUUUUCAUCUUGAAUCACAGGAUUAAUAGAGCAACACGUACCGUAAUAAUAGAUGAGGAGACACCUUUGAUCUCUGAAAUUGAGCAACAUCAACCAUCAAAUAAUCUCAAGGUGUAUAAGGAUGAUUUAACCGUGAACUAUUAUUUGCGUAUUUUGAUCAUUCUAGCAGUUCUAUUUUGCUACUUUAUAGGCGGAGAAAGAUUAAAACACAUAGAGAGUAAUGUUCAUCAAAUACCUUAUGAGAGAGUUGGUUGUAUUCUUCCUACUCACAACACGAGUGCUCAAGAAAUGUUAAAAAAAACUGCGACCAUCUCGACUGGUCUUCAAGCAAAGAUUGUAUUGUGGAGUGAGUCUGCAUUAGCAUUAAGAAACGAUGAUGAACUAAAUGAUUUGUUGGAAAAAGCUUAUAGCUUAACAACGGCACAUAAAUUUUAUUUGGGUUUGACAUACACGAUUCCAACUGGAGAAAACGGUCACAAAAAAAAAAACAUGUUAAGAUUUAUCGGGCCAAACAAUAUAACAUUAUUUGAAUAUCAAAAGACUCAUCCCGUUCCAUGGGUAGAAUCUUAUUCUAUUGAAAGUGGUCCGGGUAAGUUAAAAGUAGUAAAUGCAGAAAUUGAAACCAAAAGCAAAAAAGAAUCGCAUAAAUUGGACGUGAGCGGAGCCAUUUGUUUAGAUAUGGAUUUUCCGGAAUUACUUGGACAAGCAUCGGCUGCGGAUUUUGUUUUGUCCCCGGCACAAACUUGGUCCGCGCAGGUUGGAUUACAACAUUUACAAAUGUCGUCGGUACGGGCUAUCGAAAACGGUUAUUGGAUAUUGAGAUGUGAUGGUGGAGGAGCCUCGGGACUCAUCGAUCCUUAUGGUCGUGUUCGACACUUUGAAAUUUCGUCGAAUGAACAAGUGAAUAUAUUCGCUUGGGAAAUGCCUUUUUCGGAAGAAAAAAUCGAGACUUACUACUCUCAAUAUGGUGAAUUUGCAGUAUGGGGAGCCCUAAUAUUUUUAGGAUUGGCAGAAUUACUUUGGUACUUUUCUUGGAAAGUAGCCGAAGAAGAUAUGACAUCUUUAUCGGAUGCAUCUAAGGAAUUUCUUAGGAAGCGACAAGAAUGGGCUGAAGAAAAGUACGAUGAAAUUUUUGAUCAAGAGGAAUUAAGUUUAAGGGCGAAACAAAGCUUAAUUUAG